AUGGAGCGCACUCAGCUUUUACGCGGCAUUCUCGCAUUUCUUUUCAUCCUACAUGCAGCCAAUUGCGGUAGCAUUCAAUUCAAUUUGUCAGACUUUACCGUGGUGAACUUCCUGCAGGAUGUGCGACGCUUACACAACUAUGACCAGGUGGUAUUCGCACGUAAUCGCAAUAUAACUGCCAUCGCAGCAUUCAGAACUCCCACGAAUGGAGAGUUAGAAAGCAGGCGUAAAGGAAAGGAAAUAUCUAAUACUUUUACACUGGACGUGGAUUAUGAGCCGCAAUUUGUGCAAAACUUAAUGACAGAUCUGGUAGUGCCAGUUAUUCUCCUCAACGAGUGCAGCGUCCUUCAGCUGAGGAAGCACUUCAGCGCCGCUCUGAUGGUGGUGGUAUACUUAGAGGAGACGCUCGCAUCACAGACAGGAUUGCUAGGAGCGCUGGUGGCAAGUUUGGAGCAACGACGACAAUCGAAGAUUUUAUUUCUAAUAAAUAACAGCGACACAACGGCGACUUGUGAUGACACUUUCCUACAGCAACUCUUUCAAUUCUGUUGGCAGAGCAAAAUGAUAAAUGUGGCAGCGCUAUGUAGUGACUAUAAGCUCACAGCUCACUUCUACAGCUACACCCAUUUUCCUAUAUUUGCGCUGGAGUACAAAACCUUAAACGCCGAUCUGCUGCACUGGGGCCCCAUCUACCCCUAUCGUCUGGGUAACUUACAAGGCUACAAACUGCCCUAUAUAAUAGGCGGCUCCGAGCCACGCAUUAUUGUAUAUAAUUAUAAUGGUCGCCAAAUAGUGGGUGGCAUUGCGGGCCAUUUUCUCGCGACCUUCGCACGCAAGCACAACUUUUCGCUCUACGAGCCACUGCCUAUCUCUUCGUAUACACAAUUUGCUCCAGCACAGGAUUUGAUUGCCGCCGUGCGUAAUAAUACCGUAGAGAUAUCUGCAGCUCACACCUUUCCAACGGGUUCCUUCGAGGGGUUUUCUUACCCUUUCGAGCAGGUUAGUUGGUGCCCUUGGGCACCGGUAGAGGCAGAUAUCCCGAACUAUAAAUUCUUUUGGAUCGUCUUCGAGAGAUUCGCCUUCGUACUGGUACUGGGUGCACUCGUCGUUAUUUCCUUAGUGCUAAGUUGUGCGCUCUGGCAGCAUGGCAAUAAACCGAGUCUUUUGCAUUUCUUUCUACAUGGCGCUUGCUUUCGCGGUGUACUUGGUCAGUCUGCUCGGGAGAUAUGUGGCGCUCCCUUCGUUAUACGAUUCAUUUAUCUACAAAUUUAUAUUUUCGGUAUUCUGCUAACCACUUCGUAUAAUUCACAUUUUGCGUCUUAUUGGACGAGUGCACCGAAGGAGCAGGCAUUGCAAACUUUCGACGAUAUUCUCCAUUCAAACUGGAAAAUUUAUGUUUUUUCACAGGAGUUAGAAGCAAUCAAAGCUCGUAAGGAGUGGAGAAAAUAUAUUCCCAUGUUUCAGACAGAACCAAAUUAUCAAAUAUUCUUGAAGACUCGUGAUUCAUUCGACCCAAAAUAUAUUUACAUGACACCAACUACUAAAUGGAGAGUUUAUAAGGAACUACAAAAAAUGUUUCCCAAACCUCUUUUCCGUAUGCGUUUCGAUUUAUGCGUUUCCAUUAAUUCUCCGUUUUGUUUUCCUAUAAACAACAAUUCGAUAUUUUCAGAAAUCAUAAAGGAAAUGAUUUUAGAAACUGCUCAGUCAGGUCUAACGGAGUAUUGGACUCAGUCAGCCUUUAUAGAAUUGACCAGAGCAAAGCGUUUGAGUUUCGAGAACGUCGGCGGGAGGCGUGAGUUCAGGGAAAUGAAACUGGAGGACCUGAAAUACGUUUGGAUAGGAUAUGGAGUUAUGUGCGUGGUAACAACUUUGGUUUUCGCGGCAGAGCAGUGCCAUUUCCGACGUAAGCGAAUAUAUAAAUUGUAUAAAAGAAAAAAGUGGAACAUAAAGAUGCGUUUUUUAACUGGAAGUACUACAACGUCUGGAACAAAUACUGGCGCUAAGUAG